AUGCUUCACCCUAACACAUGUCAAACAUGUCGAACCAAACAAAAUAUUCCUCCCAACAAGGCGGGGAGAAUAUAUAAAAAACCUGUGCAUUGUGAUCGGCUCAACUCCACCGAACUACCGGGCACAAUGCAACAGAAACCAAACCAAAAUAUUCAUCACAACAAGGCGGUGAGAAUAUAUAAAAAACCUGUGUAUUGUGAUCGGCACAACUCCACCGAACUACCGGGCACAAUACAACAGAAACCAAACAAAAAUAUUCAGCACAACAAAGCGGUGUGA